AUGGCGAAGCUCGAAGGCGGCAGCAAGGAUGUUGACGAAGCUAUGGAGAGGUGGCACAACCGUUCCUUGGCCCACCGGCUGUACGACGCCUUCACCGUAGCCGGCCUCCGCGUUGAGGCCGUCGAACCCGGCCACCUCCUCUGCUCCUUCAUGGUCCCUCCUCGCCUCACGUCGAGCGCCAGCAACCGCAUGCAUGGAGGCGCGGUGGCGUCGCUGGUGGACCUGGUGGGGUCUGCGGUGAUCUUCGCCGGCGGCUCGCCGGUGACUGGGGUCUCGCUGGAUAUCAACGUCUCCUACCUGGGCGCCGCCCGUGCAAACGAGGAGAUCGAGAUCGAGGCUCGGGUGCUCGGCAUCGGCGACAAGACAGGGUGCGUGACCGUGGAAGUGAGGAGGAAGGACACCGGCCAGGUGCUCGCGCACGGCCGCCACACCAAGUAUCUCGCCAACGUCUCCAGUAAACUCUGA